GAAUACAACUAAUCUUUGAUCAAUGAGUUAAAAGUUGUACACCUUUCGUACGUUCUGAAUUCUGAUAAGUAACUUAAGUACAUACCAUGAGGAGUUGUACUUCCCAUACUUGUUUUGCGUACUUUUAGUAUCUUGUUCCAAUCAUGAACCUGAUUCUCAUAUUCUUGUUCCACAUCAUGUCAAUUUUUAUGUUUGUAUUUUUACUAAUUCUUGUUGUCUGAUUAUCUACUAAUAUGGAGCAGGUCAUAGGAGAUGAUGGUGAAUCUGGUGGGGAUCGACACGCUUCAAUCUUUGUUAUUGGCAGACAGUUAUUUGUUGCCAUGUUGAUGUUAGAUACUUGGCAAUAUUUUAUGCAUCAGUACAUGCACCAAAACAAGUUCUUGUACAAACAUAUCCAUGCUCAACAUCACCAGUUAAUUGUUCCGUAUGCAUUUGGAGCUUUGUACAACCACCCUUUAGAGGGUCUGAUUCUUGACACAAUCGGCGGGGCUCUAGCUUUCCUCGUCUCUGGCAUGUCACCACGUACCUCCAUCUUCUUUUUCUCAUUUGUUACGAUCAAGACGGUUGAUGAUCAUUGCGGACUAUGGUUGCCCGGAAAUCUCUUUCAUAUCUUCUUUAAAAACAACUCCGCUUACCAUGAUAUCCAUCACCAACUUUAUGGGACCAAGUAUAACUAUUCACAGCCUUUCUUUGUGACGUGGGACAGGAUACUUGGUACUUACAUGCCAUAUGAACUUGAGAGGAGACCUGAAGGAGGUUUUGAAGCUAAGCCUAUUAAAGAUUGCAAGGAACAUUGACAAUACUGUUAGUACAUGUUUGUCAUAGAGUAUGUACCACUGCAAUUUUUGCCUUAUUCGAAUGCUUAGUUACUCAUUUAAUUUGUAUAGAGUAUAUAGUUAAAGGGUUCUGCAUAUAUUGUUGUAUAACUGGUGUUGGUUUCGAGGUUUGAGAAAGGAAUAGGGUCAAAUAAUAGUUUCCUUUUUAAACAUUGUCUCAGAUCUGAUAUCUGGUAUAUUCAACUGCAGGCACAGAUAAAA